CCAUAAUUGACUCGUUUCUCGGCUUGCGUUUACCUGACUGCAAAGGAUUAAAGUAGAAAACCACGAAGCAGUACUCUCCUUAAUUAACGGCUUUUAAAUUUGGUCCGUGGCUCGUACAUGUGUGUCCCGUAUACCUGUGUGUGUGUGUGUGGGGAGUUGUAGGGCCACGGUGCUGAAAUGUGAAGAGAUAGAAAAGGGAGGUGGCGAUAACUGCGCAUCAAAACUCCACAGAGGAAGAAAAGGGAAGGAUGAGGAGUUGGUCCGCGUCAAUGGACAGGAAUAGAGAUGGCCAGAGAAGGCGUUCUAAUGCUACUGCUGGUUUGGAUGGUUAUUCUUUUCCACCGCAGCAUUCUGAUGCUGAUGCUGAUGCUGCUGCUGCUUCAUCCCCUGACAGAGGCAGACAGUCUUUUCAGGGACUGGGAGUGAGGGAAAUGCCUUCUGGGAGAAGGCGUUCUGAUGCUAACGCUGGUUUGGAUGGUUAUCCUUUUCCACCACAGCAUUCAGAUGCAGCUGCAACUGCUGCUCCAUCCGGUGGCAGACGCCGACAGGGACUGGAAGCGAGGGAAAUGGCUUAUGGGAGAAGGCGUUCUCAUGCUGACACUGGUUUGGAUGGUUAUGAUUUCCCGGCACAACAUUUUGAUGCUGCUGCAGCUGCAGCUAUUGCUUCAUCCCCUGACAGAGGCAGACUGUCUUUUCAGGGACUGGAAGCGAGGGAAAUGCCUUCUGCGGGAAGGCAUUCUAAUGCUAACGCUGGUUUGGAUGGUUAUCCCUUUCCGCCACAGCAUUCUGAUGCUGCUGUAGCCGCCGCUUCAUCCCCUGACAGACGCAGGCGCAGGCGCAGACGCCGACCUAGACUAGCUUCAUUUGGACUCGGUUUCGUGACGAGACUUUUCAGAGGAGCUGGGGAAGCGGCAGCUGGUGCAGGUAUAGCGGCGGCUAUGGCGGGAGGAGGAGUUGAUGGUGCUGAUAAUGAUUAUGAAGAUGAUGAUUACUAGCUAAUUACU